GAGCCUGUGCAAACCGUUUGUGGUCUUUUGUUGUGCCGCAGCGCUUCCUCGGUCACGCUCACGGAGGAAGUACAUCAGCGGUACCGAGAGAGUUUUUUUUUUUAAAACAAAACGUAAACACGCGUACAGUUAAUGUUCAUCUUCUUCUUCCACCGCUAAGUGGCGCGAACAGUGGAAGAUGUCGCUGUACGAUGACCUGGGAGUUGGAGCCAGUGACACCAAGACUGAAGGCUGGUCCAAGAACUUCAAACUGCUGCAGUCCCAGCUGAAGGUCAAGAAGGCGGCUCUGACCCAGGCCAAGACCCAGCGGACCAAGCAGUCCACCGUCCUGGCUCCUGUUAUUGAUCUGAAAAGAGGAGGCUCCAGUGACGACCGACAGAUCACAGACACGCCUCCUCACGCCGCCUCCGGACUCAAAGAUGCCAUACCAAGCGGGUUCUCCUCCUGCGAUGUCCUGAUCCCAUUGGCUGAUGAGUACGACCCCAUGUUCCCCAACGACUAUGAGAAGGUAGUGAAGCGACACAGAGAAGAGCGGCAGCGGCAGAGGGAGCAGGAGCGUCAGAAGGAGAUAGAGGAGCGGGAGAAGAAGAAAAAAGACAAACAUGAGGGCGGGGCCCCCAGUGGGUUCUCCAGGUUCCCCACCACAGAGGAAGACUCGGAUGAAGACGAGGAGUACGAAAAAGAGCGGAGGAAAAGGAGUUUGGGUGGAGCAGCCAUUGCCCCCCCGUCUUCACUUGUGGACAGAGAUGGUCCGUCUUCUUACCCCUUUGACGAUGACAGUCGUCCUCCUCGAGGUUCUAAGGUGGCCAUUCCUCCACCGCUGUACGAAGACACAGAGCGUCCACGUUCUCCGCCCGGACCAACCAGCUCCUUCCUGGCCAACAUGGGUGGGACGGUGGCCCACAAGAUCAUGCAGAAGUACGGCUUCAAAGAAGGUCAGGGUCUGGGGAAGCACGAGCAGGGUCUGAGUACGGCCCUGUCUGUGGAGAAGACCAGCAAACGAGGUGGAAAGAUCAUCAUCGGAGACAGUGCAGAAAAAGUAGAUUCUGGGAAGAAGUCUGACGCAAACCCACUGACUGAGAUCCUCAAAAACCCCACCAAGGUGGUUCUACUGAGGAACAUGGUGGGACGAGGAGAAGUGGACGAGGACCUGGAAGGAGAGACAAAAGAAGAGUGUGAGAAAUACGGCAAAGUGGUGAAGUGUGUCAUAUUUGAGAUAGCUGAGGUCCCAGAUGAAGAAGCUGUCAGGAUCUUCCUGGAGUUUGAGAGGGUGGAGUCAGCCAUCAAAGCUGUGGUCGACCUCAACGGCCGUUACUUUGGAGGACGAGUCGUCAAAGCUUGUUUCUACAAUCUGGACAAGUUUCGGGUUUUGGAUCUUGGAGAGCAGGUGUGACGUCACUCGUGGACCAAUCACAGGCCUCCACCUCCUCGUCUGUACAUAAAUGUGUUUUUUAUAUUUUCUGAUGGUGUUGGAGACUUGGUCUUGUAAAUGAUUUUUUUCAGUUUUUUUCUUCUGACCUGUCGAUGACCUCGACACCAACAAAAUAAAACCAGUCCUGACUGAA